AUGUCGGGGCAGAGCAUUACUGACAGGAUAACUGCAGCCCAGCACAGUGUAACUGGAUCUGCUGUGUCGAAAACAGUAUGCAAGGCCACCACACAUGAAAUAAUGGGUCCGAAAAAGAAACAUUUGGAUUGUAAGUAUCGAAAUGAUCAAGAAUUACUGAUAUAAUGUGUCAUUGUUCAUUGAGUUCUGCAUCUCUUGAGUUAUGGCGAUGGUUACACAAGGCCCAAAGCCAGAAUGGAUAGGCUAAUGUUAUUGCUAGUUUCUAUCAAAAUGUAUCAAGGAUACAUUGUAGUAAAACGAUAGCAUACAAUGAGAAUGCUCGUAACAUUAUUUAACUGGACGUUAACAACAGUAAUAUUAGAUUUUAAAAAAAAUAAUCAUUUCAGUGUAGGCCUACUCAUCAUCAACAGUACUGUCAAAUUAGCUAGCUUUCUAGCCGUCUGUAUAACGUUAGCGGUUUAAUUCAUUCCGCAUAGCUUUAGGCAACCCUCCCUGGCCUUAACAGUUAUCAUGUAAUUAUCAGUCAGUGUAUCUUAUCUUACAAUUGACCAGUUCUCCAUGAUACAGUACAUUAACGUUUUGGCUGUACAAAAAUGCCCCCCCAAAUAUGUUAAUGUGAGUAAAUUCAGUAGGCCUAUUUUAUACAUUUACCAUAGGAAGAGGGUAUAACAACCACCUUUGAACAGCUCAGCUGUGGAAACUACCUUGUACAUAUUUCAGAGUAGGCCUAGAGGAAGUAUCAAGGAGAAUACUUUCAGUCCCACAUGCAAAGUGUAGGCUACAUUAUCAUCACUACUAGGUGUGUCUGUCUCUGCUGAGGGAAACACAUGUACAGCGCCUUUUGAAAGUAUUCAUACCCCUUAACUUAUUGCACAUUUUGUUGUGUGACAGCCAGAAUUCAAAAUCGAUUAAAUCAUAUAUUUUUCUCACCCAUCUACACACAACACCCCAUAAUGACGAAGUUUAGAAUUUUUUAGCAAAUGUAUUGAAAAGGAAAUACAGAAAUAUUUCAUUUACAUAAGUAUUCACAUUUCACACUCCUGAGUCAAUACAUGUUAGAAUCACAUUUGGCAGCGUUUACAGCUGUGAGUCUUUCUGGGUAAGUCUCCAAGAGCUUUGCACACCUGGAUUGUACAAUAUUUGCACAUUAUUCUCUUUUAAAAUUCUUCAAGCUCUGUCAAGUUGGUUGUUGAUCAUUGCUAGACAGACAUUUUUCAAGUCUUGCUAUAGAUUUUCAAGCCAAUUUAUGUUAACUGUAACUAGGCCACUCAGGAACAUUCAAUGUCGUCUUGGUAAGCAACUCCAGUGUAUAUUUGGCCUUGUGUUAUAGGUUAUUGUCCUGCUGAAAGGUUAAUAUUUAUCUCCCAGUGUCUGUUGGAAAGGCUUUCCUAUAGGAUUUUGACUGUGUUUAGCUCUAUUCCAUUUACUUUUAUCCAAAAAAAAACUCCCUUGUCCUUGCUGAUGACAAGCAUACCCAUAACAUGGUGCAGCCACCACCAUGCUUGAAAAUAUGAAGAGUGGUACUCAGUGAUGUGUUGUGUUGGAUUUGCCCCAAACAUAACGCUUUGUAUUCAGGACAUAAAGUUAAUUUCUUUGCCACAUUUUUUUGCAGUUUUACUUUUAUGCAGGGUUGUCAAACUCAUUCCAUGGAAGGCCACAAAUACUUUUCCUUUGGAUAUUUUUUCUCAAAUUUAGAGCAGCUGAAGGACAAACCGCACAGACAACCAGUAGAGUCAGUUUACAUGUCAUUUUAUUCAACAUUGUGGUAAGGAACAUUUACACGAUUUUGCAGGCAUUAGUUUCAGGCUGUAAAUACCAAUUAAUUGUGUAUUACAGCCUGAUUAAUCAGACCAGACAUCCAGCAGACUGAUAUAUAUAUAUAUAUAUAUAUAUAUAUAUAUAUAUAUAUAUAUAUAUAUAUAUAUAUAUAUAUAUAUAUAACCCUGAUGGCAGCGUCAGACCUUUUUAAUCUGUGUGACCAUCCUCAGAAAUGCUACUUGUCACAAAGCAGAGCACCUGCCACUGCAAAAGUAACAGUGAAUGCAAUAAAUGUCCUGUCCAUUAAUUCAUUCUCACUAUAAUACAUUUCAUUAUACGUGAUUAAAUCUCAAGGAUGUUGUAUCUCUUCUGCAAGCAGGUUAUGCAUAAUAGGUUACUGUUCAAAUGUAAUUGUCAUCAUGAUUAUAGGAGCAUAUUGCAUGACACACAGGUACAAUGAUGUGGAGGUUGCUGGUUCAGACCCCAGCUGAAGCAUGUAGUAGGCUAGCUACAUAUUGUAUUGCUUUUCCUAAGUUCCUUUUGCAUACAUUGACCUUUGGAACAACUGGAAAACUGUGUGAAACCAAGGUGGUUACUGGUAACUUAAUCUGAAAGUGCCCACUUCUAAUCACAUUUGAAUCCUAUGGACUAUCUAUGCUAAAGUUGUGAGUUGAUUCAGCCAGCCUGUUGUUUCACACCUGUUAGUUGAGCGUAGGCCUACAGUACUCUACUGAGGUACAGGAGCCAUUAUCUAACAGGAUGAGUGAAUGUUGGUAGAGUGUUCAGAAGUCUGUUGGCUCACCCAAACCCGACCAGCCGUCCAACGUGACAUACCUGAGACUCACUCACAGCCUCUCAUACACAGACAGAACAGUAGGCCGCCUAGGCCUUAUAUAAAGAGCUGUGAAAAUAACACUGACAUCAUUCCUGGCCCACUGUCCACACAGUAAUAUUUAGGAGUUCUCAGUGUGGCUGCUUUACUUGGUAUUGUAGUCCCAAUGAGAUUAAAUGGUGGAUUCACAGCAGAAACCUGGCUGAUAUGUUAGUACAGAUGCAUGGAAGACACAGACAAUAUACCAGAUAUUGUUAGAGAUUGCAACACAAUUGCACAUAAAUGGUUAAUUGUUGUGCUACAGUCUUCAUGUACAGUGUUGCAUACAGUGUGAUGUGUUAGACCUACUUUUUAGAGCAGUUGCAACAUAUGACGACACCAAGGUGCAUUUAAAAAAAAAAGUGUUAGCAACAAUGCAAACUAGGAUGAAUAUUUAGCAGGCUGUCUAGUGUCUAUAACAUGACAGCGCUGUCAUCCCACCUCCCGUCCCAGUCUUCCCUGGAUAAUCAACUAGCCAUGCUAACUGCUGCUCUGGAAGGUUAUGCUGUCCUACUUAGACUCCCCUCCUUUGAAAACGUGAGAAUAUAGGCCAGAAAGCCAGGCCUGGUUAUUACACUGUCAAUCUGUUCAUCACUCAAUCUUAACUCUGAAUGGGGAAUGGGUAGACUGCACAGGUUUGACUGGCAUCACCCAUUCUCUACAUCAGGGCUCUCCAACCCUGUUCCUGGAAAGCUACCGUCCUGUAGGUUUUCACUCCAACCCUAAUCUAGCACACCUGAUUCUAAUUAUCUGGUUAAUAAAUUGAAUCAGUUUAGUUACAACUGGGGUUGGAGUGAACCUACAGGAGGGAAGCUCCCCAGGAACACGGUUGAAGAGCACUGCCUUCCAUGAAUUCAACUCACUAGAUCAGGGUUCUCCAACCCUGUUCCCUGGAGAGUUAGCCUCCUGUAGGUUUUCACUCCAACCCCAAUUUUAACUAACCUGGUUCAGUUUAUCAGCCAGCUAAUUAUUAGAAUCAGGUGUGCUAUAUUAGGGUUGGCGCGAAAACGUACGGUACGGUAGCUCUCCAGGAACAGGUUUGAAGAGCCCUACACUAGAUGCAUGAGUGUGUUCAGUGGUAUGACCUAAUGAGUUACUGUAUGCGGAGGAAUGACACAUGGUUGAACAUUUUCAAAAUGUGUAUUAUUGGAAGCAACAGAGACCGGAAGUCCAAUCAACCAAUCUUGACGUAGUAGUUUUCAAUUGUCUUACCUGUGUGCCCAACAAAACACCCAGGCCUCAAAUAGCAAACUUACACAGAUUGUUGAGAAUCCAGUUUUUUCUUAAAUAGUAUUUUGUGAAAAGGCAACCUUGAAAGGAAUUUGAAUAUAGUCUAGUAGCUGACCUGUACUGGUUCAUGGGGCUCAUCAGAGUAGAGCUUUAGGCCAACUGAGGCUAUAGACGAGUGGAGAGAACUGGUGGCGGAAGGAGCAGCUAGUAGUUACCAAGAUGCUUUUGGUUAUGUAGUGUAUGUGGACCCCUGUUCGUCGAACAUCUCGUUCCAAAAUCAUGGGCAUUAAUAUGGAGUUGGUCCCCCCUUUGCUGCUAUAACAGCCUCCACUCUUCUGGGAAGGCUUUCCACUAGAUGUUGGAACAUUGCUGCGGGGACUUGCUUCCAUUCAGCAACAAGCGCAUUAGUGAGGUCGGGCACUGACGUUGGGCAAUUAGGCCUGGCUCGCAAUCAGCGUUCCAAUUCAUCCCAAAGGUGUUCGAUGGGGUUGAGGUCAGGACUCUGUGCAGGCCAGUCAAGUUCUUCCACACCGAUCUCGACAAACCAUUUCUGUAUGGACCUCGCUUUGUGCACGUGGGGCAUUGUCAUGCUGAAACAGGAAAUUACCUUCCCAAACUGUUGCCACAAAGUUGGAAGCACAGAAUCGUCUAGAAUGUCAUUGUAUGCUGUAGCGUUAAGAUUACCCUUCACUGGAACUAAGGGGCCUAGCCCAAACCAUGAAAAACAGCCCCAGAUCAUUAUUCCUCCUCCACCAAACGUUACAGUUGGCAUUAUGCAUUGGGGCAGGUAGCGUUCUCCUGACAUCCGCAAACCCAGAUUCGCCCAUCAGACAGCGAGAUGGUGAAGCGUGAUUCAUCAUCCAGAGAACGUGUUUCCACUGCUCCAGAGUCCAAUGGCGGCGAGCUUUACACCGCUCCAGCCGACGCUUGGCAUUGUGCAUGGUGAUCUUAGGCUUGUGUGCGGCUGCUCGGCCAUGGAAACCCAUUUCAUGAAGCUCCCGACGAACAGUUCUUGUGCUGACGUUGCUUUCAGAGGCAUUUUGGAACUCUGUAGUGAGUGUUGCAACCGAGGACAGACGAUUAUUACGCGCUUCAGCACUCGGCGGUCCCGUUCCGCUGCUGAGCCGUUGUUGCUCCUAGACGUUUCCACUUCACAAUAACAGCACUUACAGUUGACCGGGGCAGCAAUUUGACGAACUGACUUGUUGGAAAGGUGGCAUCCUAUGACGGUGCCAGGUUGAAUGUCAUUGAGCUCUUCAGUAAGGCCAUUCUACUGCCAAUGUUUGUCUAUGGAGAUUGCAUGGCUUUGUACUUGCUUUUAUACACCUGUCAGCAACGGGUGUGGCUGAAAUAGCCAAAUCCACUAAUUUGAAGGGGUGUCCACAUACUUUUGUAUGUAUAGUGUAUUUGACUAAAAAUACAUUGUUUGAUUUCGAAAUGGUGACUUAUUCAUCAUGCUUUCAUCUAUUUAACUUCAGUAGACCCUCUUGAGGAAUUGCCGUGCCAAAAAAACAGAAAAGAGAGUGGCAGCCUAUAGUACUGUAGCAUAGUAAUUAAGUGUCUUGAGUGUAGUUAGGCAAUUAGCCAGACCUUGAAUUAAAGCUAAUUGAAUGAGAUUGCAUCUGAGGGCGGAGUGCCUGUGUCCCUGUUUACACAGAUUUCAAAACAAUGUCUUUCAUAGAAUAUUAACUGACUUUACCCCAAAAUUCAACUCCCCCAUAGGGGAAAUGCCUUGUAUCCACAGUUGUUUUAACCUCUACAGGCCAGUGGCCAUAACUCACUACUUGACAUCAAUUAUCCAUGGUCUUCAACAAAAUGACGUAAAUGUAAAUGUCUUCCAAGACAUCAGGCUAUUGCUAACAUUCUCUCUCUGUCUGUUUGUUUGUCUCACUCUCGUCUUUAGACCUGAUCCAUUGCACCAAUGAGAUGAACGUGAACAUUCCCCAGCUGGCUGACUCACUGUUUGAGAGGACCACCAGCACGAGCUGGGUGGUGGUCUUCAAGUCGCUCAUCGCCACACACCACCUCAUGGUCUACGGCAAUGAGGUGAGCUGAGUUUACAAUCACCGCUCACUACAAUAUUGUCUAUGUCUACAUUCACCUCUCAUUACAUUAUUGUCUGUAAUAUAUAUUAUAUCUAUAACAGCAAUGCUAUAGUGUUGAAGUUUUCAGUUCACAGACAAUAAGACAAUCAAUUGCUAACCAGGCAAUUUCUAGGUUUGUCAAUAUUUUAAUAAAAAUCUGGAAAUUACUUGUACUCCAGUCCUAUUCUAUUUCUGUAGAUCAAUGAAAAUGUAAGAACAUGUAUUAAUACCGCUCUUUUUCUUUGAUACAGCGCUUUGUGCAGUACUUGGCUUCAAGGAACACAUUAUUCAACCUCAGUAAUUUUUUGGACAAAAGUGGUUUACAAGGUAAAAUAUGAGGCCUUGGCUCUCAAAUGCUUUUCUCAAACUCAUCCUUAACUGUUACAGUGACAAAUACGUAUAAGAGGAAACAAUAUAACUUAUGAACAAAUAUAGCAUGACUCUCAUGUAGGUGUUCAUGACAAAUGUAAGAUUUAUAUCACUUCUCAGGUCUCUCUCUCCCAGGCUACGAUAUGUCCACAUUUAUCCGAAGGUACAGUCGAUAUCUGAAUGAGAAGGCUGUGUCGUACAGGCAGGUUGCCUUUGACUUCACUAAAGUAAAACGAGGGUAAGAAAUUCCCAACAUAUCAACAGAAGAAAGUGGUAUGUUUGUUUUUGACUGACCCACUCCUUACCCGAAUGUAUGUCAGUGGAGUUCAAAGGCUCAAACAAUUUCUUACAAUAAACACUUUCCCCUUGCAGAGCCACCCGCUGGUAUAAAAAAAUACUUGAAAAUAUUGACAGCUCUAAUAUUUAGUUUAGAAGAGAAGAUUCCUGUCAGUUUUAACGACAGAAUGUCAUUAUCCUUUCAACAUUUUCAAAGCUUUUUAUAUUCCAUGAAGUAAUCACAGUAUUUCUGUAACUCUGGGAACGAUUGUUAACAUGCAGUAGAAAUUGACUGGCUGAGGCUAUUCUCACUGAUUCCCUUACUCUCUGUCCUUUGUGCUUCUAACACCUAUCUAACACUACACAUACACACAUAUCUCAACAGGGUGGAUGGGGUGAUGAGGACCAUGAAUACAGAGAAGCUACUGAAGACCAUCCCUAUCAUACAAAACCAGAUGGACGCCCUCCUCGACUUCAAUGUGAGUCUGAGGUCAACCUCCCCAGAACCGUGCUGCUCUUCUACUGUAAUAUGAGGGUUCCUGGGGCUAACAGAUUGUGUCAGGCAUACUGAUUACUGAAUGGGCAGUGCUGAAACUAGAGAUAGAUACAGGCUAUUUUCCUCCUCACUGACCUGCUCUUUUAUUGUUUGUCAGCGAUGCCAAAGUCAUUAUUGUGUGUUAAUUGGGCAAUUUAUGGCUUAUGUGAAACUGGAUGAUGUGUCUCCUUCAGGUUAAUGCCAAUGAGCUCACAAACGGAGUGAUAAAUGCAGGGUUCAUGCUCCUCUUCAAAGAUUCCAUUAGGCUUUUUGCUGCAUAUAACGAAGGCAUCAUCAACCUGCUGGGUAAAACCUCAACUCCAACUUUAUUUACUCCACUAUUUUCUGAUCAAUACUCUUUUCAAAUGUUUAAUCUGGAGAAGUGCUUUUUAGGUCCUUGUACUAUAUAUCUUUUGAUAUGUACAGUACUAAAUUGUACUAAUAGAGACUAAAUUCUCUACAGAGUUUAUCCCUAGUGUGUCUACAGACUUUCGGCGCUAAUGCCAGCUGUUUUAUUCAUGUACUUAUUUUUUACCACAGAGAAGUACUUUGACAUGAAGAAAACCCAGUGUAAAGAGGGCCUGGAUAUCUACAAGAAGUUUCUGACCCGAAUGACCCGAAUCUCAGAGUUCCUUAAAGUGGCAGAGGUGAUUUCUUCUUUACCUGCUUUGAGUUUGAUGCUAUUCAUUCAUUCAAUACCAUUCAUUAAAGGGGACAACCUCUGAUAUAUUUAAAUUUUUGGGAGAAAAUUAUGGUGGUAGAAAUUAGGUAGUGGUAGAAAAUACGUUUUAAUUUAGAGGCACCACUAUAACUUUGCACAUAUUCUCAUUUGACAGCAGGUGGGGAUUGAUCGAGGAGACAUUCCAGACCUUUCCCAGGUAAGACUUUACACUGUAGAGGAAUAUACUUCUGCUGGUAUAACCUAUUAGACACACUCUGCACAAAAAGCCUACACACCGAACUUACUCUGUCCGUUUGUCUACUGAAAAGACAGUUGAAUUCCUACUCUCUGUCUCCAUCUCUCUCUCUCUCGCUCUCACUUUCUCUCCCUUAUUUCUCGCUGUCACUUUCUAUUUCUUUCUUCUCUUUGUGUGUCUCUCUAUCUCAGUAUUAACUCCUCUUAUUUAAUCAGCUCUGUUGCCCCACCACAAUAUUUACUCCACCCUGCACACAUCUCCCAGAGAUAAGGCACUGUUCAGUGCAUGAAGUCCUCCAGCGCAUGUUGCCAAUUGAGGCAUAUUUCUCACUUUUUCUUCUUCUUCCUCUCUUGAUUAGGCUCUAUCUACAGUAAAUAAAGGUGUUAAGAGUCCAAACUGACUGUGUAUCUUACAGUACUACUGAUUUCACACAGUGUACAGCAAAUUGAAUAAUGGCCCCCCACACCUGUUGUGCUACAGUCAGUGACACUGACAUACAUUAUAGUUACGGUUCAAUAUAGCUAUUUAUCUCUGACCAUCACCGCCUUUUAUAUUCUGUAUUUCCCCUUAUCUUUCCACCUUUAGUUCACAGUUUGUGUAAGUAUUCUCAUCUCACUCUUCUGUGUCUGUGACUUGCUUUGGUGUUGUCUUUGCAUGCCUCUACUCUGACUCUUUGUCUCAUUGAUAUUGUGUUUUAUUGGAGUGGAACAAAUUGUAUACAAAGUUCUCUUUGUCACAUGAAAUAUACAUAGCCCAUCCAACAUGGCUGCCCAGGUGUGCUUAGACAUUGCCAAUUCAACACCACAUACUGUAGGAUGUUGAAAGUGCCGUGGUGUGUGUCAUCCACACACAUUUCAAUAUCACUCAUCCAAUGUGGCUUUCAGCUGAAAAGCAAACAACCAUUGACUGGUGGUGGGCAACACAGUCCUUCUGUGUGUCUGCCUUGUACAUCAAUGUAUUUCUGUAGUGUCUUGAGUUAGUAUUUGUCCCUUAGUUUACUGGGAAGUGUUUAGCUCCUCACUAAGUGCUAGCUAGAAUCCAGUAACUAAGCUAUAGUGGUAUAUGGGACAUUAUAGUUAGGGAACUGAGUUUUUCCUCACCACGUAACAUGACCAGCUAAACGUUUUCAGAAAAUGUUGUCAGGAAAAACUCAAGACCUAUAGCUAGUGUAUGUACAGUACAGUAACCAGGUUGCCCAUCACUGCCUGAGAUGGUUGUGUUCAUACAGUACAGUCUAACUGCAUGUUUCCAACCCUGGCCUAUACUAACUGCUGUUCUCAAUUACAACAGGCUCCCAGUAGCCUCCUGGAAGCUCUGGAGCAGCAUCUGGCCUCUCUAGAGGGGAAGAAGGUCAAAGACUCCACCGCUGCCAGCAGGUAUGUACAGGAUGGGCUGCGUCCCAAAUGGCACCCUAUUCUCUACAUAGUGCACUACAUUUGAACAGAGCCCUAUGGGCCCUGGUCAAAAGUAGUGCAUAGGAAACAGGGUGCCAUUUGGGACGUAUCCUUCGUCUCACACUGGAGUGUCUUUGGCACUGAGUCCACUAUACCCCUGCAGGUAGCCUAGAAGCAGCUGCCACUAUAAUAACUGAUUUGCUUUGUGCACAAAGCUCUUAAGCCAAGAUUGCUUUAAUUAUUAUUGAUGGUAAUGGUUAUUGAUGUUUUCAGCCAGGGUUGCUGUAGUAUUCUGCCUAGCAGUGUUUACUGUUGUGUGUUGUUUCAGGGCCAGUACUCUAUCCAACGCAGUGUCCUCGCUGGCCAGUACGGGGAUGUCUUUUACUAAAGUAGACGAGCGGGAGAAGCAGGCUGCUCUGGAGGAGGAACAGGCUCGUCUCAAAGCACUGAAGGUACAGCCGUCAUGACGCGUGGAUCACAACAUGAAUUUGAGACGCGUGGAUCACAACAUGAAUUUGAGACGCGUGGAUCACAACAUGAAUUUGACGAGAAUGGACAUGGUUUUAUGUUGCCUGUCCCAUCUACAUGUGAAGGACAGUGAUAUGUUGCAGUAUGCAGGCAAUGAUUUGAACAAUUCAAAGCCUUGUUUGGUCGAUCCAGUAUGGCCCACAUACAUAACUACAACCAUCGCCUUCUCUAGUCUACGCUCUACAUUCUACAUCUGUAGAGUGUCUGUAUUUGACUUGGACUCUUUCCACCCAGGAACAGAGGCUGAAGGAGCUCUCUAAGAGGCCUUCCUUCGCCACCACAGACACGUCUCCUGUCUCCACCACCGGGGGCACUAUCAGCACAGCCCCGGCCAUCGACCUCUUCUCCACACCCAGCUGCUCCAAUGGGUAAACUUUCACCUAUGACCUGUGAAGCUUACCCACUCAUGUGGUUGACCAGAGAGGUUAGCGUGGAUUAUGUAGAAGUUGCUGCUAACCACUGAUACAGGGUCAGAUAUUUCUUCAUCCUCCUAGUGGGUAAGGGUAGGAUUUAGAGUGCUCUGAUUCUAGAUCUGUGGUUAGAGAGAACCUCUACCUCAAUACUUCUGUGUGUAUCUGGUAAUUCUGAUGUUCAUCUACAUGUCCCAGUGUUGAUUCAGGUAUAGCAUCACUGCUGUCUCUCUCCUCAGUGCUCUGAAGAUGGAGAGUGACCUGUUUGACAUUCAGCAGACCUUUAACCCUUCAAUGCAGGCCAGUUCUACAGGGCUUCCUGUGGCCACAGCAUGGGCAGGUAGGAGAAACAGCCACCACCACAGGACCCCUCUACUGUCUUCUACCAUAACCUGUUCUGUUCUGCAUGCUCUCCCUCUCUUCCUGUUGCGUCUGACUCUGAUGUCCUCCUGUUCUUCUCUUCUGUAUCUCUUCUCGUUCUUUCUCUCCUCUGCCUGCCUAGAUCCUUUCACCUCUGCUGAAGCUGCAGAUGACUCCGUGCCAAACCUUAACCCUUUCCUCUCAAAAGUCGUUGUCGAUGCCGCCGCUCACUUACCUGUCGUGUCCUCCGACGGUGUUAGCUAUUCCUCUAGGACGUCUGGUCAUGAAAUGUUUGGUGGUAAAGAUACUCUUUGUUCCUCCUGAAAUAGCCUUCAUGUGUCUCUCUGUGGGACUGUUUGAAGGAAGUCUCCCAUAAGCCCUGCUGUUGUUACUUCUGUCUACAUGUAAAUGAUCUCAUAGCUAUCUAAAGUUAAAUGUUUGUUGUGUACCUUAAAAUGCAAAGCCUCCACUUGCCAUGAUUCUCUGCUGCAGAAAAAUAUAUUUUUUCAUAAUGUAUUCAAAUAGGCUAUUGCUUCUAGAUUCUGAUAUUACAAACCGAUUUGAUUAUUUUCUCUUGUAGUAUCCUCUUAGAGCUAUAAGUUGAAAUCUGUUUCCCUUACCAAUAUUAUUUUUGAUUCUCUAGAUCGUUAUAAUCCCUUUACUGACACAAACUCGUCCGUUUCAACCAAUUACAAACGCACAGUGCGGAUAGAACACUCCAUCUCAGGUACUACGAUGGCUCACCAUCCCAGCCUAUGUUUCCUGACCCAUAGGCAAACAUAGGCCCUUCAACCCUUGUAAUGUGUUUAGUGGCCCCAAAAUAACCCUAUGGUUAGGGUAGUCUGGCGAUUUUAGGAUAUUUUUAUCUCCUUGUACUCUGCAGUUCCUGUUUUGACUUUGUUAGAAUUAGUUUUACUUGUUACCUGUUAGUGUCCCUAUACAACUGCUAAGUGUUUUCUGUUAACUGUCUCCUUUCUGUCUGUACUGUCACUUUGCCUUGCCUGCCAUUCUUGCCGUGCCUUGAAAUGCCUUCCUUUGCUCGCUCUUCUUCUUCCUGCUCCUCCUUUGGCGUUGUCAGACUCCUUCUGUGGUGGUCCAGUGUCCAUGGCCCAGCACCUUCCACACCAGGCCCCCUACCCCACUGAGCCCUCUGCUGUAGAAGGUCUAUUCAGAGGUAGAGUACUAGAGAACCUGUAGCUCUACUGUAGCAGGUCUAUUCAGAGGUAGAGUACUAGAGAACCUGUAGCUGUACUGUAGCAGGUCUAUUCAGAGGUAGAGUACUAGAGAACCUGUAGCUGUACUGUAGCAGGUCUAUUCGGAGGUAGAGUACUAGAGAACCUGUAGCUGUGCUGUAGCAGGUCUAUUCAGAGGUAGAGUACUAGAGAACCUGUAGCUGUACUGUAGCAGGUCUAUUCGAGUUAGAGUACUAGAGAACCUGUAGCUGUACUGUAGCAGGUCUAUUCAGAGGUAGAGUACUAGAGAACCUGUAGCUGUGCUGUAGCAGGUCUAUUCAGAGGUAGAGUACUAGAGAACCUGUAGCUGUACUGUAGCAGGUCUAUUCAGAGGUAGAGUACUAGAGAACCUGUAGCUGUACUGUAGCAGGUCUAUUCAGAGGUAGAGUACUAGAGAACCUGUAGCUGUACUGUAGCAGGUCUAUUCAGAGGUAGAGUACUAGAGAACCUGUAGCUGUACUGUAGCAGGUCUAUUCAGAGGUAGAGUACUAGAGAACCUGUAGCUGUACUGUAGCAGGUCUAUUCAGAGGUAGAGUACUAGAGAACCUGUAGCUGUACUGUAGCAGGUCUAUUCAGAGGUAGGUACUAGAGAACCUGUAGCUGUACUGUAGCAGGUCUAUUCAGAGGUAGAGUACUAGAGAACCUGUAGCUGUACUGUAGCAGGUCUAUUCAGAGGUAGAGUACUAGAGAACCUGUAGCUGUACUGUAGCAGGUCUAUUCAGAGGUAGAGUACUAGAGAACCUGUAGCUGUACUGUAGCAGGUCUAUUCAGAGGUAGAGUACUAGAGAACCUGUAGCUGUACUGUAGCAGGUCUAUUCAGAGGUAGAGUACUAGAGAACCUGUAGCUGUACUGUAGCAGGUCUAUUCAGAGGUAGAGUACUAGAGAACCUGUAGCUGUACUGUAGCAGGUCUAUUCAGAGGUAGAGUACUAGAGAACCUGUAGCUGUACUGUAGCAGGUCUAUUCAGAGGUAGAGUACUAGAGAACCUGUAGCUGUACUGUAGCAGGUCUAUUCAGAGGUAGAGUACUAGAGAACCUGUAGCUCUGUACUGUAGCAGGUCUAUUCAGAGGUAGAGUACUAGAGAACCUGCUGUACUGUACAGUUUUCAUAGAGAACGUCUGUAGUGCAGGUCUAUUCAGAGGUAGAGUACUAGAGAACCUGUAGCUGUACUGUAGCAGGUCUAUUCAGAGGUAGAGUACUAGAGAACCUGUAGCUCGUACUGUAGCAGGUCUAUUCAGAGGUAGAGUACUAGAGAACCUGUAGCUGUACUGUAGCAGGUCUAUUCAGAGGUAGAGAACUGUAACUGUACUGUAGCAGGUCUAUUCAGAGGUAGAGUACUAGAGAAACCUGUAGCUGUACUGUAGCAGGUCUAUUCAGAGGUAGAGUACUAGAGAACCUGUAGCUGUACUGUAGCAGGUCUAUUCAGAGGUAGAGUACUAGAGAACCUGUAGCUGUACUGUAGCAGGUCUAUUCAGAGGUAGAGUACUAGAGAACCUGUAGCUGUCUGUAGCAGGUCUAUUCAGAGGUAGAGUACUAGAGAACCUGUAGCUGUACUGUAGCAGGUCUAUUCAGAGGUAGAGUACUAGAGAACCUGUAGCUGUACUGUAGCAGGUCUAUUCAGAGGUAGAGUACUAGAGAACCUGUAGCUGUACUUAGCAGGUCUAUUCAAGAGUACUAGAGAACCUGUAGCUGUACUGUAGCAGGUCUAUUCAGAGGUAGAGUACUAGAGAACCUGUAGCUGUACUUUAGCAGGUCUAUUCAGAGGUAGAGAACCUGUAGCUGUACUGUAGCAGGUCUAUUCAGAGGUAGAGUACUAGAGAACCUGUAGCUGUACUGUAGCAGGUCUAUUCAGAGGUAGAGUACUAGAGAACCUGUAGCUGUACUGUAGCAGGUCUAUUCAGAGGUAGAUAACCUGUAGCUGUACUGUAGCAGGUCUAUUCAGAGGUAGAGUACUAGAGAACCUGUAGCUGUGCUGUAGCAGGUCUAUUCAGAGGUAGAGUACUAGAGAACCUGUAGCUCUACUGUAGCAGGUCUAUUCAGAGGUAGAGUACUAGAGAACCUGUAGCUGUACUGUAGCAGGUCUAUUCAGAGGUAGAGUACUAGAGAACCUGUAGCUGUACUGUAGCAGGUCUAUUCAGAGGUAGAGAACCUGUAGCUGUACUGUAUCAGGUCUAUUCAGAGGUAGAGUACUAGAGAACCUGUAGCUGUGCUGUAGCAGGUCUAUUCAGAGGUAGCAUAGUUCUACUAGCCAUUUAGGAGACCACCAUUUGCUAUAAGGUGGCUUUCUGUAACUAUUUAGCAGCUCUGACUUUAACACCAAUGGAAUAAUACUUCUCCAUCAUUGCACCUGCCGUGUUCUGAGCAGCCUCCCGUUUGACCUCUUUACAGGGUACUCCACAGCAACACAGGCCCCUCCCCCAGGAGCACUCCAAGUGGACUUCGAGUCAGUCUUUGGAGCCAAAGCUACUGGCACUAACAAUAUUGACUCUGAUGGUGAGGUGUUGAAUAUUUUACUGUUUGAUGCACAUGAUGUUUCACAUCCAACCAAUGUACACCUCUCUGUCCUCCUUAGACAUCCUGAAACCCACCAUGGUCGGCUCCAAUCAGGCGCUGUGCGCCAUCAAUCAGCUGUCAGACAAACUGGUAGGCGAUGACCUGGACUCCUCCCUGGCCAACCUGGUGGGCAGUAAGUGUCACAACGUCAUGCUAGGAUAUUUAAUUCAGAUAAUACUCCCUGAAUAGAAAACUACGGAUUUAAAAGAGAACACCCAUCUUUGCCUGAGUGAAUCAUGGUGUCUAUUUAUAUUUUCACUCAUAGGUUAGACCGCAAUAUGUCACACAGCUAUAGUAGUAGAACGAACUAUUUCUGAAUGUGUACAUCUCACAUUUAUAUUACUAUCCUCUUGUAGAUCUCGGGAUUGGAAAUGGCACAACGAAAAAGUAAGUGAGCUGUUCGUGCUGUUCAGUCUCUUCAACGUGCCGUGGUCACAGUGCUAGAUGAAGAACUGUUCUGUAUAGCCAGCAGCAGUUAGGAGCCAGUGCUAAUAUUAGCUGUCGUAACCUACAGUGACAUCCACUGGAGUCAGCCGGGGGAGAAGAGGCUGACUGGCGGAAGCAACUGGCAGCCCAAAGCAGCCCCAAACACCACCUGGAACCCUGUCUCCAUGGUAAUACACACUACACUGGCCUCUUACAGUACUGGUGCUCUUAUCUGUCUGUGAUGAUUGUUUUUUUUAGCUACUGUAUCACUCUAGUGUUGGUAUUAGACCAGUGUUAAGAAGUUGUUGUCCUGACUUGACAUCGGUCUGCUGGAUUCUCUGUGGGAGAAGAUGUUGUGUCCUCAUUGGUGUGUUUGUGUCUCUGCAGACCCCCCCGGUCAUGGCAUACCCUGCCACAACACCCACAGGCAUGAUGGGGGGAUAUGGCAUGGUCAGUAUCUGUCAGAUGGGUGUCUGGAUGCAUUAGCACUGAGGGACUUAGCCAUGCAGUAGUUAGUACUGAGGGACUUAGCCAUGCAGUAACUAGUAUUGCUCCUCUGUACCCCCCCCCCCCCCCCCAUUCCGCCUUUCCACCAUGGGUGCCCGGGCCUUCAGCUGCUCGGCACCCAGCCUCUGGAAUGCACUCCCCCAACACAUACAACAUGCAGACACAGUCAUGUCAUAAAAAAAAAAAAUCAUCAAAACACACCUCUUCGAGAGAGCCUAUAGCCUAGUGUCUGUCCCCACCCCCCCACACACUUUUAGUUGAUGCAUUUUAUGUACUGUACUUGAUUUUAUGUAGUCCAACUUUUAAUGUAAGAUUUCCUUGAGUAUCUUGAAAGGCGUCCGCUAAAUAAAAUGUAUUAUUAUUAUUAUUUACUGAGGGAAUAGCCAUACUGUUUAGCUAGCACUGAGAGAGGUAAUAGCCAUGCAGUAGUAAUAGGAGUAACAGUUAAAAGUCCUAUACAUCCUUCUGUGCUAUGCAAUCUACUGUAGCAUGUCUAUUAUGCCUGAUGUUUCUCUAUGCUAUUGUCUUUAGCCACCCCAACAGCUUGGCUCUAUGGGUAUGAUGAACCAACCCAACAUGAUGUACAACCAGCCCAUCAUGAGGCCGCCCAACCCCUUCGGCUCUGUAUCCAGUGCCCAG